AUGUCAGACGAGUAUGUGUGGUUUGAAGGAAUACCUUUUCCCUUCGUGGGCUUCUCGCCCGAACACCUGAGAGACAUAAAGGAGAAUUUUGUCUUGAAGGAUGAAGAUGUCUUAAUACUGACUUUCCCCAAAUCAGGGACGAACUGGUUGAUUGAAAUUAUCUGCCUGAUUUACUCCAAGGGGGGUACCAAGUGGAUCCAAUCUGUGCCCAUUUGGGAACGCUCGCCCUGGUUAGAGACUUCGAAAGGAUAUAAGUUCCUAAAGGAUAAGGAAGGGCCACGCCUCAUGACCUCCCACCUCCCCAUCCACCUCUUCCCCAAGUCCGUCUUCAAGUCCAAGGCCAAGCUGAUUUAUCUCCUCCGAAAUCCCAGAGACGUCCUCGUGUCUGGUUAUUUUUUCUGGACUAUUUCCAAUUUGGUGAAGAAACCAGAGUCCCUGGAACAAUAUCUUGACUGGUUCAUCCGAGGAAAUGUGGCAUUUGGAUCUUGGUUUGACCACACUCGUGGCUGGCUAUCCAUGAGAGAGAAGGAGAACUUCCUGAUGCUGAGUUACGAAGAGCUAAAACGGGACACAAGGAACGCUGUACAGAAGCUCUGCCAAUUCCUGGGCAAGAAGUUAGAGCCGGACGAACUGAACUCGCUCCUGGAGCACAGCUCCUUCCAGGUCAUGAAAGAAAACAAGAUGUCUAAUUACACCCUCAUGCCGAGUCACAUUUUGGAUCACAAGAGCGGGUCGUUCAUGAGAAAAGGAAUCUCUGGGGACUGGAAGACCUACUUCACGGUGGCCCAAGCUGAGGUCUUUGAUAAAGUGUUUGAGGAGAAUAUGGCAGAUCUUCCGCAAGAGCUGUUCCCCUGGAAAUAA